UGACGUAAUAAAUCUGCGCCGAGUCGUUUGCACGUGUUGUUUUCAUGAGUUUGAACUAAUUGUGACUUUUCUGCGUUCGGGUCCCGUGAAAAAGCACAAAAAUGGGGAAGAAACUAAAGGUUGGAAAGACCAGAAAGGAUAAAUUUUACCAUCUGGCGAAAGAAACAGGUUAUCGCUCUCGUUCUUCCUUUAAACUCAUCCAGCUGAACCGUAAAUUCACGUUUUUACAAAAAGCCAGAGCUCUGAUCGACCUUUGUGCUGCUCCUGGAGGAUGGUUGCAAGUAGCAUCCAAGUUUAUGCCUGUUUCAAGUCUCAUCAUUGGUGUUGACCUGGUCCCCAUUAAGCCCAUCCCCAAUGUGGUGACACUUCAAGAAGACAUUACGACUGAGAAGUGCAAACAGGCUCUUCGAAAGGAGCUUCAAACUUGGAAAGUGGAUGUUGUUUUGAAUGAUGGAGCCCCAAACGUGGGAACCAACUGGCAACAUGACGCCUUUUCCCAGGCUCACCUGACUCUCAUGGCCUUGAAGCUGGCCUGUGAGUUUCUGAACAAAGGUGGAACUUUCAUCACAAAAGUUUUCCGCUCCAAGGACUACCAGCCGCUGCUCUGGAUCUUCCAGCAGUUCUUCAAGAAGGUGCAGGCCACCAAGCCGCAGGCAUCAAGAAACGAGUCAGCUGAGAUCUUCGUCAUCUGUCAAGGUUUUCUUGCUCCAGACAAAAUCGACAACAAGUUCUUUGACCCCAAACAUGCGUUCAAAGAGGUGGAGGUGCAGGCCAAGACUGUGAAGGAGCUGAUUCCUGUUAAGAAGCCAAAGGCAGAGGGAUACACAGACGGUGACCUGACGCUCUUCCACAGUUUUACCACAACAGAAUUUUUAAAAGCUGAAAACCCUGUCGAUUUUCUGGGAAAAGCUAGCGAGAUCACUUUUAAUAAUCCAGACCUGGAGUCUCAUUCAGCCACCACUACUGAGAUAAAGGAGUGCUGCCGUGACAUCAAAGUACUUGGCCGCAAAGAACUCCGCCUACUGCUGAACUGGAGGACGAAGCUAAGAAAAUAUUUGGCAAAGAAACUGAAGGAGGAGGCCAAACAACUUGACCAGGACAUUAAUUUAAGCUCAGAUGAAGAAGGGAAUAACUCAGAAGCUGAGUCAGGCAAGAAGAAUAAGAAGGAGGAGGAGAAAGAAGACGAUGAGGAGGAAGAAAUGGAUAAAAAACUGGCUGAGCUGAAAGCUGAGGAAGUGGCUGACCUAAAAAGAAAGAAGAAGAAGCUGUUGAAGGAGAAGAGAAAGCAGAGGGAGAGAGUGGAGCUGAAGAUGGAUCUGCCUGGUGUCUCCAUCGCCAGCUCCGCUGACCCAUCCUUGUUUACUUUAUCCUCCAUCAAGAAGCAAAAGGUGUUGGCUGAUCUCUCUAAGGGGGACAUGCAGGUCGCCGACAGUCUGGCUGAAGUAGAUGAUGAUAUUCACCUCUCAGACCUGGAGGGGGAUGAUGAUGAUGAAAUGUCCCUGGCAUCAGAUUUAGAUGACGAUGAUCUGGAAGAGGUGGAACAGACACAAAAAGAGCUGGAAAAGAAAAAACCAAAGAAAGUGAAAUUCACAGAGGAAGAAGAGGAGAGGGAGGAUGAGCAGGAGAGUGGGUUGCUGGUUGAACUGGAGGGAACAGAUGAGAAGAAGGAGCGGGAGACUAACUUGUGGUUCAGCAAGGGCAUCUUUUCAGAAAUUGACCUGGAACGAGAUGCAGAGGGCGAGCUCAGACAGACUGAAUGGCUCCAGAACAAACAGUCAGUAAAAGGCACAAAAAGGAAAUUUGAAGAAAGGGAAGAGAAGGAAGAGGUGAAUCAAGCUGCUGCUCCAGAUGAAGAAAAGGCAGGACCUUCACAGGAAGCUGCUGAGGAAAGUGACAGUGACUCAGACAGCAGCGACGAUGAAAUGGAGAUUACAAAGAUGAAGCAAGCCAAAGAGGAUGGUUUGGCAUCAAAAGAUGCUGAUGAUGACCUCCAGGUUGUUCCUGUUGAAAGUAUCAGCAAGAAAGCAAGGAUCCUGGAUGCAGAAGGCUUGGCCUUAGGCUGUGAGAUUGCUACAUCCAAGAAAAAAGCAAGAGACCUGGUGGACAAUUCCUUCCACAGGUUUACCGUCUCCGAUGAACCAUGGGAAGUACCCGAGUGGUUCCUGGAUGAUGAACGCAAACACAGAACGAGGCCUGUGCCAGUCACUAAAGAGAUGGUGGAGGAGUACAAGCAGAAAUGGAAAGAGAUCAACGCCCGGCCAAUCAAACGAGUUGCUGAAGCCAAAGCCAGGAAGAAGAGGAGGAUGUUGAAGAAGAUGGAGCAAGCCAAGAAGAAAGCAGAAGCUGUUGUUAAUACUGUGGACAUCUCUGAAAGAGAGAAAAUGUCUCAACUGAAGAGUAUCUACAAGAAAGCAGGUGUGAAAAAAGAAAAGAGAGAAGUAACCUAUGUAGUAGCCAAAAAGGGGGCUGGCAAGAAGGUGAGGCGGCCCAGUGGCGUCAAGGGAAUCUUCAAAGUGGUGGAUGGUCGCAUGAAGAAAGACAUGCGGGGAAUGCAGAGGAAAGAACAACACGCCAAAGGAGGGAAAGGAAAAGGAAAACAGGCCAGGGGUGGUAAAGGAGGAAUGAAGGGUGGUAAAGGAGGAAUGAAGGGUGGUAAAGGAGGAAUGCAGGGUGGUAAAGGCAAAAGAGGAAAAUAAAAAUGAACCCAUAACACUUUACCAUUCGGCUUUUUCCUUCUCCCAUCUUCCCUGUUGCACACGAGGCUUUCUUUGUGAUGCUCCUUUGCUAUGAACAAAACAAGAAAAACAACUUGGGUCUCAGAUCAGUGUGAUCAAAGUUUCUGCAAGUUGUGGAUGGACACUUGUCAAUUUUAAAUACUAGUUGUAUUGUACAUCUUUAAAAAUGCAGUUCCA